CGCAUAUGUGACGCCAAGCAUCACUCGCUGCUUCAUGUUAUUCAAUACACAAAUGCUUCGCAACCCUCUAAUGAUCCUUAAUCGCCUGUAGUUGAAAUCGCACAAUCUUCAAGUUUGAAAAAUCAUAUUUCAAAUACCCAAUGUACGCUGACCACUCGCCCUGAAUCCGCAGCUGUAUCCCCCAGCCAACUACAAAUUAUUUCGCUCAUUCUACGCUGAAAGUUAAUAUUUGGGAAAUAAGCAAACCGGUAGAGUACUCAUAGAUACAGGUAGUGAGUGUUGUUAAUUCGCAGAAAAACUUGGUUUACCGAUAAAAAUGAGCGCUGCUACUAUUUACGGAUUAGGAGAUCUCAUCAAAUGCUGUCCCAUGUGCAACGUUCCUAUCGAAAAAGACGAGGGCUGCGCGCAGAUGAUGUGCAAAAGGUGCAAGCACGUCUUUUGUUGGACGACUUCCUUCUGCGGCACUACGACCGCGGCCCGUGCAACAACAAGCUCGGUCACUCCCGCGCCUCCGUUCUGUGGCAUCGCACGCAAGUGGUCGGCAUCUUCGCCAGCUUCGGCAUCCUGCUUCUGGUCGCUUCGCCGCUCCUGUUGUUAGCUGCGCCGUGUAUCGCGUGCAGCCGGUGUCGACUCUGCAACGCGGACGGCUCCUCUUCGCGGCUCAGCGACGACGACGACAACGAGGGGGCGGAGCGGAGAAAUUCGAUGGUCGGAGCGCGUAGGCGGAGCCAAGAAGACACGCCCACCGGGGGCCGAUGACCACCGCCCAUUAACGAGGCGGGUCUGACCAGCUGCCCCUGGUGCUUGUGAGGACACGCUGUUCGUACGACGACGUCACGACCGGAGACAGAAAUUGGCUGUUAUAUGAGGUUUUAUACUAAAAGUUGCAUCAAAGACAAGCACAGUAAUUCGAUCUGGAUAAUAUCAGCAUCUCUUUCAACAGACACCGCUUGAACACCUUAAAAUAGGUUUGUUACCACCUUCUUGCAAACAUAGAAGUAAGCUUUUAUUUAUUAAAAUAUAAAUGUAAUUGGGAGGUUUUAUAACAUUUUUGUUUUAUUAUAGCACUUUUUAUCAAUUGUGAUUUUCCAGCUAAACAGAGUAGGCAAAAUGAUAAAUUAUUGUGUAACAUCUGACACUUAUCAUGUGGUCUAAAUGUCGAUAAUCCCCCAUGCUUGUCUGUCCAAUUAAUUCGCAUUUGGACUCUGCUGGUUUCGCGUGACGUCAAAUGGAUAAUGAAGACAGUAAUAAAAUAUACCUUAUUGCCAUUCUACUGAAGGUCACAUUUGUGAUUGAAACGUUUACACUAAAGAAAAUUAUGUCAGUGCAUGUGGUUUUAUUGGCCGGACACGCAUGGGAGAUUAAUAAAUUUUUACCUAAAAAUUUUGUCAGUUGAUUACGAGUGGCGUAUAGUGAUGAAAUUUGAAUCUUUAGGACGUUAUAUUUUGUUUAAGAGACAUAAGAGAAUUUUUCUUAUUUAGUAACAUUUCAAAAUUCCCCCUAUUGACAGGUGACAAUCAAAACCGUAUUUUGUUGUCGUUUUUUGUACACCUGGAUUCAUUUUGUAAAAGACUAAAUGCCAGAACACAGCGGCUGCUAUGAAGAAAUUUUGUUAAUCCGUUUUUUUGACCCAUUGACGACGACCUGUACCAUCGGGGGUCCACGUGAUGUUUUGUCAACAGCCGGAGUUGACCACCAGUGGUACAAGUGUAAAUACUGUUUCUAUGCGACUUAAAUUCGUUGAAUUUUCAAAAAGGUUUCUCUUAGGAGAUAAACGGUUACUACAAUAGUAAAGUCGAAAUCACGAAAGAUGACGAUUACGUCAUCAUUUUAGUCUGUAGAAAAGACAAACGACAGACAUUUGUGAAUAUUUUUAAAGAAAUUUCAGAUAUGUUAGACAGAGACAAACUGUAUUGCUAAUUUGCAUGUAUCCGACAAAGAUAGACGAAGUUUUCAUGUUGUAUGAUCGACCAUAUUUGAAAGAUGAAAAGUUAGGUUAUCUUAAAGCAGGUAGGGUUGUUUUCGAAUAAUACUUUGGUCUUUGGUGUUCCUGUCUCAAGGUAACUGUUUUUUUCAAAACAAAAACUCCCCACUAAAAUUAUUAUUAUGGUAUCACUCAAAACCAUGAAAUAAAAUGAAAAUAAAAAUAAUCAUUGAAAUAAAUACUCAUCCAGUUUUUUGCAAAUAGUUCAUUUCGUUGUUCGCCGUUCAUGACCUGGUCUCUAGGCUUACGUAUAAAUGAGACAGCUGGGGUGUCAGUGGAGUGCGGGAACAAAUUUCUGGCAUAUACUAUUUGUUUUCGGCGCUUUUGCCGAAUUUUGGCCGUCCUGUGGGCACGCUUGACUUGAACAUUUGGAUAUUUCCAUUCACCAGGCCUACAUAGGGUGUAUCUAGUGACGUACUCGGUAGGGGUAAUUCCCGUGGUGAGAUUCGUCCUAUUUCGAAGUGCGAAGAGUAUACUGCUCAGGUGUCUUUCCCAGUACUCUUGCACGUAUUGCUCUUUUUCAGCUCUACAUUUCGUUUCCCAACCGGGUUCGCUCUUUGGUGCUGAUGAGAUCCGGUGCUCAAUGAUGUUUUUUUCGAGGUGGAUCCUGAAAAGUGCUUGAACCAUAUUUGAUGACCUCUUUUCAGUAUCCUCACCUUGUGCAUAUGCUAUGCAGAAAACUGGUGGCUGUUUUUGACACUGCAUCCGGCCUGGGCUUGGCCUCUACCCAUUUACUUGCGAUGCAAGUUCCCACAAACAGGACCAUAUUUCCGGCCUGGGUUUUUGGGUAAGGCCACAUGGGGUCGAUACUUAUGACCUGGAAAGGUUCUUGAGGGAGAAUCGGCAUCUGGGAUGCGGCUGGUUGCGCGUACGAAGCGUUUCAUCAAGUCCAUUAGACCUGUCGAGUAGUACAGUCUAGUUGCAGAUUUGCACGUUUCCAGUGCCCCAGGCUGACAAGCAUCCUCGUGGCCGUAGAAUCGAUGGAGUAGUCGGUCAAGCUUGUGUUUUGGAACUAGUAGCUGCCUGGCUUGACUAUUUUCCAUGGAUGGUUAUUUUCACAGACCAUAUUUGACCUCAAAUGAAUCCCAAAGACAACUUUCCCAUGGCUCAAGACGUUGUCUUUCCUCCGGAGAUAACGACCUUAGCAUUUCCCAUUCACCGAUGGUAUCCUUUACUUCAGGACAGUCUUAUUGAGAAGCUGCCAUCUCAGCGAACAGAUCGUCAGGCUCGAGAAGGAAACAAGGUUGAGGGCUAGCGAGAUCUGGUUUGUCAUCAGACUUGUUUUCAGAUGCUUCCUUAUAAUCCAGCACAACUGGUGUGACGUGCGCAGAUGUGUUUCGGACCAGAACCGACAAUUUUGCUUGUUAACAUUGCCACUGAGGUGAAACUUGCCCUCAUCACUAAACAUCACGUUGUUAAAACUUGAAUCGGUCGAGCAUCAAAUUGACAAAGCUAAGUCGGUUAUUGGCAUCAUCUGGUUUUAAUUGUUAGGACUAGUUUAAUCUUAUAAGCCUUCAAAUGCAAUUCACGCUUAAAAAUUUGCCGCAAGCUCGUUCUUUUGAUGUCCAAAGCCUGACUUCUCUUACGUGUUGACUGUUGCGGAUUUCGCUGCACUGAAACACGAUCACGCUCUACAUUGUCGGCUGAUCUUGCAGAAACUGGACGACAACGAGCUGUUAUUGCUACCGUCGAGCCGGUUGUUUUGAACAUUCUGAUCCAUUUCCGUAUCACAUUGGCGCUUGGAACUUCUCUUAAAUCGCGUAAACCGUGUUGAUGUCGAUAAAAACAUCGUGCAGUAAUAUUUAUUGUUUUCAUAAUACGAUCGGAAACAAAAUGCACGCUGCGCUCCCGUGUACGGCUCCAUGGCGACGGAAUUUCCAGGCAACGGCGCGGCUAACAGCUUAUCCCUCCCUCCCCCCAACCCCCGCCCCUCGUUUCCGAGAAAUUUUAAAACUACAUCGUCAACACUCUUGGAACAGGAACACGAAGUUCCUAAGCGAACCCACCACCUCCCCGGUCCAGGUACCCUCACUCUUUCCGGCCCCAGUAGCGGUACGUGGACUGGACGCUCCUGCAACUUAUGUUCCUGUCGGACGCAAAUCCCACCCCCCACCCAAUUUUGCCCUUUAAAUUUUCGCGUUUUUCCCCCCCUCGGAAUUUUGCCCCGCCAAAAGGUGUGGUAAGCUAAUCACGACGCUGAAGCACGGCUGCAGAACGGAAGUGCUCAUUUAUACUCGUGUACCUUUCUCCGGUUUUACGAGUCGUCCUCUAUUUGGGGUUCCAUCGGUGGGACCUUGAC